GUACACAAACGAAUUCAACAAUGGCCCGUACCAAGCAGACAGCCCGCAAAUCUACCGGAGGUAAGGCUCCCAGGAAGCAGUUGGCCACUAAAGCCGCCCGUAAGAGCGCACCCGCCACCGGAGGUGUGAAGAAACCCCAUCGUUACCGUCCGGGAACAGUCGCUCUCCGUGAAAUCCGUCGUUACCAGAAGAGCACGGAGCUGUUGAUCCGCAAAUUGCCGUUCCAACGUCUGGUGCGUGAAAUCGCACAGGACUUCAAGACCGACUUGCGUUUCCAGAGCUCCGCCGUCAUGGCGUUGCAGGAAGCCAGCGAGGCCUAUUUGGUCGGUCUUUUCGAAGACACCAACUUGUGCGCCAUCCACGCCAAACGCGUCACGAUCAUGCCAAAGGAUAUCCAACUGGCCCGUCGUAUUCGCGGUGAACGUGCUUAAUAAACUUCAUAAAUAUAACAACAAUCCAUUUAAAAUGGCCCUUUUCAGGGCCACAAAUUUGAAACCCUCUAAUAUGCACUUAAUACAUUU